AUGCUAAUGGCCGAGGUCAACGCGCUUUCAGCAGGUGCACAAUCCGCUCAACCGCAGACUCACGGCACGCGCACUGCGCCGACCACGGUGAACUUGGCGGAGCCCGUACACCAAGAAGCAGCAAACGAGACGGUUCCAACGGCGGUGCCAACGCAUCACCAGGUCGGCGCGGCGUCUGGACAAGGUGAUUGGGGCGCGGUGGCAGGAGACGAUGGUGCAGGGGAGAUCCCUCUCAUCAUCGAGGACGAGGAUGUGGAACUGAUACAAGCGGCGAUAGAAGCAGACGAAGUUGCCGCACUUCAGUCUGUGGGAGGUACGUCGGGCAUCAGUGGCGUGGAGGGUCGGCCUGCCGGUGUUACAGCGUCCACCCAGGCCGGGCAGACCGUGCAGCCGGCCCGUUUGGCGUCCACCGGCGUCAGUGUAGCCGGCCAGGCUGUUCCGCCCAUUCAGAGUCAUCCUGCCGGCUUCAUACAGGUGGAUAGGGCCUUCCAGACCGGCCCGACCGGCGUCACUGGUUCUGACCAGGCUGGUCUGGCGGGAGAGUCCACUCGGCCCACCGCUGUUACAGUGGCUACUCAUGCCGGCCAGGCCGGGCCUUCGGACAGGUCGGCGGGCGUCACUGUUGCGGACCUGGCGGGUCAGGCGGGGACGUCCACAGUUCUGGCCGGUGGACCAGUGGGUGAACACGCCGACAAGGAUGGACAGAUCGAUCGUGCGGCUGGAGUCGGCGAAAAAAAGAAGAAACGGAAGGGUAAAGCCGCCGCCUCGCAGAAGCCCGUCGUUCCGAAAGAUCGCAGGGGGCAUGGUAUUAGGUUGGACAGGACGAGCGGUGGCGGGUGGCAGGGCGAGGUAAACCUGGCUAGAAAGAGUCGCUACACGGGGAGAUCGGACGACAGGAUGGAAGUGGCGUACCUGAACGGCGUUGCGACGACCAUCUUCGACGGACACGCCAGCCAAGUCCUGUUGGCCGAAAUGACCGGCGUUAAAGCCGAAGAAAUGACGCGGUGGAAGGCGGAGUGGGAGGAGGCGAAGGUGAUGCCGAAGGGUAUGUGGACGGUGAUGUGGUCCCGCGGCGCCACCAUGUUUCGUGCACGGUUCCAGAAAGUCCUCGCCGACUUCAAACAGAAGAAGUCAUCAGGGCCCCCGCUGAUGAAAGUGCUGAGGCCGGCGGUGUGGUUUGGCACUGGUUGGGAGCCGGCCAAGCGCAAGCAGCAGCUCAGCGACAUCAUCAACCGCGCUUGCUUGUGUGCGGCGUUUGGGCCAGUCGCGGCAGAUGCCGUCCCCAAAACUGGCGCAGACGCCAAGCGCAUAGGCCAAGCUGUCGCUGCUUCAUCUUGCGCCAUCUGGUGCUUCGCCGAGACCGUGGCCGAGGUCGGCAAUGCGGCGGGUGAAGCGAAGGCGGUGGCACUGCUGUGUGAAGCGAGCACCGAUUUUGCUGACACUUGUCACGACAUCGUGGUUGCGGUGCUAGAAUCGGCGGUUGCGAGACAACCCGUCCUGGGAGAGGUCUCGUGCAACGUCACCGACGCACUGCAGAAGGAUGCUCUUCGGAAGGCGUGCAAGGGCUGUGACCCCACACCCGACGCCGAGAUUAUCGCGAGGGCGACUAUCGAGACCCUCGCUUUCUGGGGGUCGUGCAACGCCGGCGGCCCCCUUCUCUGA